UUCGAUUUUUCUUCUCCUCCAUCUCUCUUCUGUAAAUUCGCUAUCGCCUGCACCACCACCCCGCCACCACCACUACCACCGCCACCGACAGCAGCAGCCAUGCUUUCAGGAGAUAUACCUCCAAAUCAAACAAUCUAUGUUAAAAACCUUAACGAAAAGGUUAAGAAAGAAGAGUUGAAGAGAUCUCUUUAUGCUAUAUUUUCCCAGUAUGGGAGGAUUUUAGAUGUUGUUGCGUUAAAGACGGAAAAGCUUCGUGGUCAAGCAUGGGUUGUGUUUAGUGAAGUUACAGCUGCUAGUAAUGCAGUGCGCCACAUGCAAGGCGUCUCGUUUUAUGAUAAACCUUUGAGGGUACAAUAUGCAAAAACAAAGUCAGACUGUGUUAAAACUGAAGAAGAGAAGAAAAGGAAGAACGAAGAAAAAUCUGAUAAAAAACGAAAAGCUGAAGAUACGCCAGAAGCUGGUCCUAGAGCUAAUGGUGCGAGCGCAACUGCUCAGGAUAAUGGUGGAUCCACCGCUCCUUUCCGCCCAGGAAAAUCUGGCGAGCAAGAUUCUAAUGCAGCUCCAAACAACAUACUGUUCAUCCAGAAUCUCCCUCAUGAAACAACAGACCAGAUGCUGCAAUUGCUUUUCAAACAAUACCCUGGCUUUAAGGAAAUUCGAAUGACCAACGCAAAGCCUGGUAUUGCAUUUGUAGAGUUUGGAGACGAGGUGCAAUCGUUAAUCGCCAUGCAGGCACUUCAGGGCUUCAAAGUUUCUCUUCUGAACCCAAUGGCCAUCAGUUAUGCCAAGUAGUAGAUGACAGCUUUGUGUAGUCCGAACUUUGUUUUCCUCUUUCUUUUUCCUUCUUUGUUGUUGUUUAUGGUUGACAGCAGUGUCUAAUUCAUCCUGAUUAAGUUUUCUUUCAGGUAACCUUUUUGCAAAUAUAAGACAUUCAGUUCAUCUCUUAUUGAUAAUUGAUGAUAUUUAUCAGGAUUUCUGCGA